AUGCCUGUGCUUGUUGCCCAAGCCGGGAAGCUAUUCCAGAUGGUUGUAUCCUGCACAGCUCUGCUGACAUCUGAUCAUCUUGUGGGAGUCUGGGCUGAUGCUGCUACGAGGUCAGCAUCUCAGCUCUGUCUUGGGAAGGAGAGAAAUGGUGAUGUAGUUACUUUGGAUUCAACGAAGUCCUUCUCUGGAGAAAGAGCCCCCCGCCAGUGCAAAGCUCCCGAAACAUCACCCUCGCGGCUCCGUGCCGUUCCCUUCCAAAACACCCCCGAUGCCGCACAGCCCCGCCGGACCCUUCCCCAGCCCCUCACCUCUCACUCUUGCCUCCCAGCAGACCGCUGCCGGCCACGCAGCGCCCGCGCGGGCUGCACGCGGAGGCACGUCUGCGUCUCUGCCGUGGCACUGCUCGUCCUCGCUGCCGCCGUGGGCUCGGCGGUGGCACUGGGACUCCUGCUACGCCCGCCAGUGAACCGCUUCUGUGCAGCCUCCAAUAACCGGACAGGCUUUUUGUGCGACGACAGAGCGACCUGCAUCCCGGCCAGCCAGGUCUGUGACAGACUCAGCAACUGCAGGAGCGGAGAGGAUGAGCAGGAGAAACUCUGUGGUGACUUGCCCCGCAGCCUUCCGGGAUACCUGGUUUUCCGCUGCAGUAACCCCGCAUACUGGGUCUAUGCUGAUCAGAGGUGUAACGGGAUGAACGACUGCGGAGACUGCUCGGACGAGAUGGGGAGCUUGGCCGCCUGCCCGCCGUGCGGGUCGGAGUGGUGGAGCUGCAGCCCUGUGCUCUACGAGUACUGCUCCUGCGUCCCCAGGAGGCUGUGCCGGGACGGCGUCCAGCACUGCCUCAGCUGGUCUGAUGAGUAUAUCUGCAGACCGUGAAGUCUUGGCGCCCAGCAGCGCUGGAGACAGCAGGGUGCUUCCUGCAUCGUCACCUUGAAGCCUCGGUGUCCUCCUCCUCUGCCACCCGCUUGGGAAGCUCCAAGCCAAGCAAAUCCUCAGCAGCAGCGCGCUGUCCGCCGCGCAGCGACGCUGAACGGGGACAAAGCGCGUACGGCAGCCCAUGCUGCAGGCUAGAUGCUGGCUGUGGGACACCUUCAAGGGUUCUCCUGCCACGUGAGGGUGAGCCCUUUCCACGUGGGCAGAGCACUGUCUUGC